AUGAACACCAGAGAGGUGAUUGUCGAGGAUGUGGACUCGCAGGGCGACAGCCAGCAGUCGCAGGACAGCGUCCUGACCGUGAUCCAGGAAGAGCGCCACGAGGUCCUCUACUUUGCGUACGGCAGCAACCUCUCCACCGCGCAGAUGCGCGCGCGCUGUCCCCUCUCCACCGCCAUCGGUCUCGGCUUCCUGCCUCGCUGGCGCUGGAUCAUCAACUCGCGCGGCUACGCCAACAUCCUGCCCCCUUCUUCCCCUCCUUCCUCCUCCUCCUCCUCCUCCUCCACCACCACCACCGACGACGGCGUCUACGGUCUCUUAUACCUGCUACCACCGCGCGACGAGGAAAGCCUCGACCGCUUUGAGGGCGUGCCGCACGCGUACGAGAAGCUGCGGUGCGAGGUGCGCUGGGUGCGCGAUGGCGACGGCAAGCUGCUCGCCGGAGAGGAGGGAGGGGGUGAACCGGUCAAGGCGCUGGUGUAUGUGGAUGAGCGGCGCACCGACGACGGGAUGCCGGCCAAGGAGUACGUGGGCAGGAUGGAGAGAGGCAUUGAGGACGCGGUGAGGAACUGGGGCCUGGACGAGGGGUAUGCGAACCGGGUGAUGAGGAAGUGGUGGACCAAGGUCUAG